CUCAUUCUUAGCUUCUUGUAACAACACAAGGACCGAUAUUUUGCGUCAGCUUCUCAAAAAUGAAGGCUUUCAUCUUGGUUGCUUUGCUUGUGGUUUUUGCUGUCGUGGUGAUGGCAGAUGAUGACGAAGAGAAAAGACGCUGGGGUUGGGGGCACAAGGUAAAUUUAUGAAAUGUUUCCAUUUUCGGGGAUUCUAUAAUCAUAAAAUUAAAAAUUGUGCAAAUUGUAAAUGUAAGUUGGGCAAAAGAUGGAGGAAAUAAAUUAAAAACAGCAAAAUUUCAAAAAUAUGUGUGUUAAUGGUCGAAAAUGCAAGAAAUAUAUAAGCUUUCCAAAAAAAAUUUAAUCCCUUUCAGUUUCAGGGUGGGCCCUCCGUCGACAAAAGUUUAAAAAUUUAUUUAUUUGAUAUAGAAUAUUUUCGAAUACUUAUGGCCCUGUCACACUAUUGCAUAUCGUAUGACUGCGUAUGGAAAAUACUCUGGUAUAAGCUAGGGAUACGUUAGGCAUUUUGGUUGUAUUGGCGCUUCAGGCGAGGUGGCAUACGGGCAUAUACAGGGUGUAUCAAAAUAAACGCAAUUCAUCUUUUGUGCUUAAUAACUUUCGAAAAACUAUUUCUAGUUAAACGCUUUUAGGCUUACUUCAAAGCCUGCUCUUUUCUCUUUCAAACAAACUAUUAUCCUUGUCUCCAAUGCUAGUAAUAAUUGCACAGGAAAAGAUUUAGUAAAACCUAUCAUUUUUAGUUGCUGUUUAAUUAUGCAAGUUUACUAUGUUAUUGUUUAGUCGGUUUAAAUGUUAGAAUUUUCUUCUCUAAACUUUAAUGUUGUCGUCACUACAUCUGAAAAACCACGUAUAAGAACAAAUUAAAAGUAUUUUAAAAGAGACCAGGUUGUUUUAAAAUCCUAAACGAAUGCUAAAAAUCGUCAAAACAUUCUGGUGUCUGAGCCAGAGUGUCAUCGAAUUGCGAUGUAAUGUAAACAGAAAUUAUAGCAAGUUGAUGUCAGUCAGCUUAGAUGGUCCAAGCCAAAAUUAUAUCGCAUUUGAAGUUUCAAACUGAGUUAAAAAUAGUGGAAGAAAAGCCGUAAUUAUACUUAUUGUUACAAUCCAUUUAAUAAAAUGCAACAUUUUUUUGUUUUAAUGAAAUUUUCAUGAGAACGUUUAGUUAUUCCAUCUCAAUUUUUUUAAUCUCCAAUCGCAAUAACGUAAAGUAUUAUUACCCGCGAACCAAUGAGUCAAAUUUAAGAAACAACCCACUGUUAGAAAGCGGAAUGGCUACGCUUUAAAAUGAAUGUAAACUUUAACGUUUUCGUCUAUUAUUUGUUUAGCAAUUUAUAUUUCAAUCGAGGAUUGCGCUUUUCAUGUUUUGAUACACCCUGUAUGAGCAUGGAAAGCCUUUUGAAUGAUGGUUUUUAAGGCGAAUUUCAGCCCUUUUAAUUGAAAAAACUAACUAGGAAAAUCAAUUAAGCAUGAUUCAAAAUCAGCAAACUCAAUGUUUUUAACAUUAAAAAUGUUUUAAAAUGUUAAAAACAUGAAGUUUGCCGAUCUUGAAUUAUGCUUAAUUGACUUUCCUAGUUAGUUUUUUCAAUUAAAAGGGCUGAAAUGCGCCUUAAAAAACAUCGUUCAAAAGGCUGAACUGUGCCUUUAAAUAUUUUGUGCGUAUAUGCGGACGUAUGCAUGGUUUAUACGCUGCUCGUAUAUGUUUCUCUCAUACGCAAUAGUGUGUGUGAUAGGGCCUUUACUGUAGGGCGCCUCUAGCUGCUCCAUUUCAGCUCACGGAGCGCAGUUUUCCCGGCUUGACAGUUUUGUUAGUGCUCGCGUGUACACCGAUCAUGUCAAGAUAUUGUGAAGUAUGGGAUGUAUUUGGUGAAACUCAAUCAAAACGACUGCAAAAGCUGCAAAAUAGAGCGGCAAGAAUUAUUCUGAAUAUAAGCAAUGACGUAGACAGGACGUAGAAAACUAAAGGAAGAAAACUAAAGCAAGAAUGAUGUAUAAGUUAUUAAACAAAAUGGGCCCAAAAUCACUCACAAAUCUAUUUUCGUUUAAGAGUGAGAAAACUAAUUACCACCUUCGGGAUGUCUUUAUUUACCAAAACCACGUACAAAUAGCAUGAAAAAUAGUUUUAUGUACGACGGAGCAAACAUUUGGAAUUCUAUACCAAAAGAAAUUAGGGAAAGCAAGUCACUUUCUUCCUUUCGAAAUAAAAUCGCUGCUCACAUUAGUGCUUGGUAACCUUUGUAAAUAUAAUUUACCUGUAAAUAACUCAAAACAUUUGUUAUAUCUUUUAAAUUUAUAUAUUACUGUAAAUAGCUUAGCUUAUCAUUAUCAUAUUCUGCAUGUAAAAUAAUUAUCUGGCACACGCCCCCCGUGGAAAUCAGCUACGGUUGACGGGGUCAGCGUGGAUAAAUAAAGUUCUACUACUACUACUACUACUACUACUACUACUACUACUACUACUACUACCACCACCACCACCACCACCACCACCACCACCACCACCCACCACCACCACCACCACCACCACCACCACCACCACCACCACCACCACCACCACCGCCACCACCAGAUUCGGCGAUGCAGAAUACCAAGUAUUUCAUCUAUGACUAUGCUGACUAUGACUAUAUAUAUGUGUUGACCCUGAAACACAAUUCUGCGUUCGUUUGCACUCUUUAGUCAGAACUAGUUUUGUCGAGUACGAGGUUCGAAGUCUAGCUAGUAUAUGAAUACCUGUCGUUGUCUCCAGUUAAAUAAACUGCCAUGCCCGCCGUGUGAGAAAUCACUAACUUGAAAAGACGAAAUCAGUAGCAGAAAAAAUGACCUCAUCGAGCCGGGAAUAGGCAGAAUGCAGCCUUCCUGGCCGCUUGUUCAGAGAAAUUUUCAAUCAAAAGUUGCUCCGUAGACGUAGCUUUUCGUAAACGACAAACGUCAGGCAAGGAAAAAUUUUACGCUAUAAAGCAAUAAAAAUUAGUAAAUGGGCUUGUUGUUUUACAACUAGAUCAGUACAAGGAUAUUCACCGAGACGCGAAAACAAAACAAAAGUGGCCAGGAAAAAAACAAAGAAAAUAAACCAAUAACCAUUUGUAUUACAGUUGACAAACAACUCCCGUAUUAAUAGUUGCAAACAAAACGGCAGCACAUAGGAUUUUGACCAAGUCGUAAAAAUUUUUCCCGGAAAUAUUGUCGGGGAGGGAGGUCAAAAAAAUUUUCCGGAUUAAUAUAGUCAAAAAUAUUUUUCCGGACUAAUAUAAGCAUAUUCAAAAUUUUUCGACCAAUAUAAGCAAUGCUUCCGAUUUUUUCACCGCAAAUGUAACUGAAGCUUUAAAAUUGUUAAAAGUGUGAACCAUUUCAUUAAUUUUAACAUCUUCGACCAUCUUAUAUUCCAAACUUUUAUCAAAUUUUUCCGAGUUUUACCUUCAAUUUUAAGCAAAUAUCAGUUCCAUUUUGACCAACUUUGGGCAAAUAUCAGUUCCAUUUUGAACAAGUUUGACCAACGUUUGAAUUAUUGGGGGGUGUACACCCCCCACACCCCCUAUAGCGACGUCCCUGAAUUAUUUGGCGAUGCUUCCGCGAGGAAUAUGUCAUCUGCUGGCAUAUGUUUUUUUUAUUAAUAUAAAAUUAAUAAACAAUAUUUUGCCUGAGAUUUUGACAAUUUUAGCGCGUUUUUCUUGAAAUUUGAGUGUUUUCAAUGUAUAUAUAUAGAACAGGUAUGGUAUUACGAAUGUAUAGACUGGUGUUUGUAUCAAGUUGUUUUCCGUUUUUUAUAUUCUGCAAAGAUGAUUCCGAAAUGUUAAAGGCUUUCGAAGAAACUAUCGAAUUUUCCCAUGAUGUUUUGCAGAGAAACGUCACAGCUGCAACCCCCCACCCUACCCCCAAACGAACAUAUGAUGUUUCUCGUGGACAAAAUCGAUAUGUGAGGCUUCCCUUAGCAAAAUAAUUGCUCGUCCGUAACCGGAACACAGAUAUCUUAUAUACACUAGAUAUAGCUCAUCUCUUUUAGCAAAAUUGAAGCCAAGAAUAUUCCAGCGGUUACCCCCAUUUGAAUAGAUGGCGGCCAUGUUGGAGUUUCCCACUCGCUAAUAAACGCUUAAAAAACAAUAACUUUCAUCAUUUGAAUAGUUUGAAAAUGUAUUUGGAAUAGGUUUAACUUAAUGUUUAAGUUCCCUGUUUAAGAAACAGAAAACAUUGAUACGAGUCUUCUCAUUUCAUGGGAAUAUCCCGAGUCUGCAAUCACGGCUUCAAUUUUUGAAUUGCAGAAUAACUAGAUGCACUAUCUAGUACAUGUAUAUAAGAUAUCUAUGAACCGGAAUGGCAGGAGACGUUUUGUUUUGGUUCGGAGGUGCAAGGAUAUUCGGAGCUCAGCAACCAAUCAAAUUGGGCGAAAAGCACUAUUAUAUCCACGUCCCGAAUUAAUUCGAGUCAAACCCUGGUUACCCCAAUUUCGUUGUGUAAACAAGAAGCUUAAAUUAAAACGAAAUAGAUAGUUUAAAGUAAAAUGGCCAGAUUAAUUAAAAUUAGGCGUGUGUAACAUGGGAUGCAUUUUGGUAAAAUGCCCCACAUAACACCAAUUUUAUAUUUUAGAAAUGUAAAUCAGACAGUGAUUGUCGUAAAGGGGUGUGCUGCAGAGGCCGUUGCCGUAUGAGAUGUAUCAAGGUAAAUGGCUAAACUAAACUGACUUAUUUAUAGAUUUAUCGGUUCCAAGUUGCUCUCCCAGGCUGGAGGUCCAAUAAUGGUCGUCCCUUAGUACAGGAGGAAACAUACGCUAAAUUAACUUUAUUCACAGUUCUAAACUGUUCACUCUAAAGGUCUAGUAAGACCCAUCCCCUAUUGAUGUACUAUUUGCACCAUAACGUGUUGUAUCGCACAUACAACACGGACGCGAAUGUUGUUGCAUGUACCGCUUGUGAAACAUCUUGAUGAGAACAUUCGUAUUCUUCAACAAUUUAUAAUAAAUUAAUGAUAUUUGGUGAGAAAAUUGAACUUAAAUUUAUGUUAUAAAUCAGCAUGAAGUCAAAUUGAAACAACCAAUUAUGAGUUACGUAUAUCUUUUAUUGUUCAGUAUAUUAAUGUUCUGUUUCCCCCUAAUUCAUUUGGUUUUUGCAGAAAUGUAAAUCCGAAGAUGAUUGCAAUGAAGGACAAUGCUGUCUGAAAUAUCGUUCAACUUAUCGUUACGGAAAGUGCAGUGCUUAUUUACAAGAAGGAGAUAAAUGUUACAAGGUGGCUAUCAUAUAUCUUUAUAGCAGGGUGCGACCAGUCAGCUCUCUCUCUAUACCGUAAACCUCCGAAUAUAAGCCCCCGGAAUAUAAUCCCCCUCUCGGAAUAUAAGCCCCCUCCCGGAAUAUAAGCCCCCCCCCCGUGUGUAAGCCCACCAUAUUCACUAAUGCUUAGGCCAUUCCAAAUAUAAGCCCUCUUGAAUAUAUGCCCCUCCAUUCCCUCCGUGUAUAAGCCCAUGGGCUUAUUAUUGGACAGGUAUUUAUUAACGUAGCAACGGGGAGUCCAACAACUCAGACAAGUGACGAUAAUCACAUUAUAAUAUGUUAACCAAGUUGUUUUAUUAUGUGUUGUAUGUUGUAUGUUUAUAUUUCUUUUCGUUCACAGCAUGCAUUACAGGUACAUGCAAUAAAUAUUAUUAUAAAAUAACAUGUAUACAUAUAACGCGUGCUCUGAUUGGCCGAAACCCGUGUUUGGAUCAGGCCAUCCAAACACGGAAAUUUAAAGUGCCUUCGCGGGAAUUUUAAACCCUGUUGUUAUUUUAUAAAACAAUUACUUUAUGGUUUCCGUGUUCGAAUGGCCUGAUCCAAACACUUGGGAAUGUUGCUCGAGUUAAGAAAAGCGCGCGCUUUUCUUAACUCUCGCAACAUUCCCGCGUGUUUGGAUCAGGCCAUCCAAACACGGAAACCAUAAAGUAAUUGUAUAUUACCAACAUCAAAUGUCGUCCGUAUAGUAUAUAAGGCUCCCCCCCUCCAUGUAUAAGCCCAUCAAAAAAUGCUUAUGAACGAGGUUUACGGUAUAUAUGGAGCAACAAGAACUUCAGUCAUGCGCCCUAUGAGAAAAGUGAGGCCAAGAUGGCGGAUCGAAAUUAACGUCCAGUAACCAAGAUCUAUUCACAGGGGCGUCGGAAGCGAGGGGGGGCACCACUUUUUUAGUUGGGGGACCGAAAUGACUUUGGCCCCCUCCCUCACUUUUUAACAAUGGUAAAUAAUAAAUCACAAAAUUAAUUGAUAUUUUAAUUCAGUUGUGGGUGUAGACAAAAUAGAUAUUUUAUGACUUUUUGUUACCUUUAGAACUCUUUAAAUCUUCUUCUAAACUGCAGGAAAUGGCAUUUUAGAGACUCUAGUUUUAAAAUUUUCCCGGGAGCAUGCCCCGAACCCCCUAAAUUGUCACGCCCCUUCGGCUGCCGCUAAGUGUGCCCCCCCCCACUUUUAGAGCCACUCCGACACCCCUGGCUAUUGUAUAGCUAUGAAAGUCGUGAACAUUAAUCAAAUACCAUUUUCCCCAGCUAAUUCUAGUUUUUUUCUACUGGAAGUCCGGACCGUAUCGCUAAACAAGUUAUCAGUUUAUAAAAUCAUAAUAUUAGUUUUUAAAUCAAGGUCAAAACACGAAAUUGCGGCACCGCUCCUUGAAGCUUCGUUUUAACCGCGCAGACAAAAACAAUUGAAAAGGGACUGGAACUGACGCCCAAUAGCUCCAUCUUGCCUAAACUUUUUGGACUUGCAUUCUCACUCUGGGUAUAUAUGGAGCUCUACAACAUGUAGCAAUAGAUUUCACUGAUAGUCCAGUCAAAUCACUAUAAGUACAUGGUCCUGAUCAAAGUAAUCGCAAUAGAGUUUUUUUCAGUGGUAAAGUGUGUGAAAAGUUGUUCUGAUUAACAUUUUAAAAAUCCCAAAAAAUCCCUUCGGUGGAAUAUGGUGAAAAUCAAGUUUUUCUUACUUCUACCUAUAGAAAACCAUUGCGGACAAAAUGUUGAAAUUUUGAAAUUACUUUUUUGCAAAUAUAACAUGCAUCAUUGGAAAGCUUAGAAAAAAACUAAAAUAUAGAUCAUUAAACGGUUGCGUUGCUUUUGCCUAAAAAUUAUUUCAAAAUUUGAACAUUCUGUCCACAAUGAUUUAAUUUUCUAUAGGUAGAAGUAAGAAAAACUUGAAUUUCACCAUGUUCCACCGAGGGGAUUUUUUUUUUAAUUUUUAGUAUGUUAAUCGGGACACCUUCCCUCACAUUUUACCACUGAGAAAAAUUCUAUUGCAAUUUCUUUGACCUCUGGUCACAGAUUGACUUCCUGGACUAUGAGCAGUAUCAUACAGCAGAUAUUUGUCAGUCUGAGUAGUCUCACAGCUUGUGAACAAGAUGCUCUCACACUGUUUGUUGCCAAGUCUGAAACAAGUUGUUAUCAUCUUGCAAUAAGGUUAACAGACUCGCAACAAGUUGUUCCAACAAUUAUCGUCUGCACAUAAGUGCAGUGCUCUCACAAUCAAAUUUUCGAAUUCCUUAGAAAAAGCUCGAAAAUUCCUCAGAUUUCCUUAAAAUUCUUUAAAUUGGUAAAAUUACUACAAGGCCUGAUCACAUAGUUGCAAAAAGUGGUUUUUUCACCUGAUUUACCUGAAUUUUUUAUUUGAUUUACCUGAUUUACCGUAUUUUUUGAAAAUUUGAAGUUUCUAGACCGUCGGAAAUGGCAUUUUUAGAGUUUUUCCUACCCAAUAUUUUAGUAUUGCCUAACAAUGAAGAUAAGUAUUGCUACUUUCAGUUUAAUGGGAAAUUGAGAAAACUUUGGAAAUUUGGAGUCUCCAGAUCGUCAGAAAGGGUAUUUCGCAAUUGUCUCCCUGCCACAACACAUCUCAACGUCUUUAAUUUGUUUGAUUGUUAACUCCAAUUCAGAUUAGAGAGUUCACUUUUUUAUGCCCUGAGAAUUACCUGAAUUUACCUGAAAAUCUACAGGAUAUCUACCUGAAAUUGUUCAUGAGCAAUAUUAGGGGUGUUGCCCCCUCCCUCCCCCGUUCGCUAGGGUCCUGAGAACUUAGAAAAUCUGUAGAUUUCAGAAGAAACAGCAUACACUGACAUUAACUUUUGAGAAUUUUAAUGGAAAGACAGCCAUAUGUACAUUUACGACAUAAAGAAAAUACGAAUAUAUGUAAUUAUGUGCAUAUAAUGUUGCUACUUUCAAGUUUAAAUCUCAUUUGCGUGGCGUGGUUAUUCUCCGUCAAAACGUUUUUAGGCCAGGAUAAAAUGUUUUGGAAAUUCCUUAAAAAAAUCCUCAAAAACCUGAAUUCCUUAAAAAAAUCCUUAAAACUCUUCAAAAUUCCUAUUUUUAAGGAUAAUUCCUUAAAAGUGAGAGCACUGCAUAAGUGUCAUAACUAAUCUCGUACCCAGAGCAAUGCCUGUGCGCGGGCUAGGAUGGCAAUUGGCUCUGGGGAAAUUGACAACCGGAACCCCUAAAUUUAGGGGUUCCGGUUCUUUGUCGGCAUGCACGAUUGAUAAACGUCAAGCCAAUCACAGCACAGGAAAAAUUCAAUUUCCCCAGAGCCAAUGCCAUCCUAGCCCGCGCACAGGCAUUGCUCUGGGUACGAGAUUGUGUCAUAACAAGUUGUUAACAAGCUCCGGUAGCAACUUGUUACGAACGUCAUGCAACUUGUUGUCGACGUCAUGCAACAAGAUGGUAAAAACUCAUUCCAGACUUGUCACAACAACUGGGAACAGAUAGUGCAAACACAUUCUGAUAUCGACUUGACAACAACUAGUACUUGUUAUAUAACUUAUGCAUUGCGUACAAUUCCCAAUGCUCAUUAUAUGCUUAGUGGCGCCGUGGCGCAUUUUGGAAUGGAAAGUUAAAUUAAUAAUAUUUUGGGGGUUCUUGGGGCAUGGCUCCUCCGGGAAAAAUGUGAAGUUUCAGUCUCUGAAACGACAUUUCCUGCGCAUUGUGAGAAAUACAAUCGUCGUAAUAAAUCGCCUUUUACAGUAUCAACUAUUGAUUUCAGAAUACUUGAAGGUUUAAUUCAUUAGGAGACAUAGUCACGCAGAGAUUCAUAGUAAUAAGAACAAAGACCAGUAGAUUCUAUCAAUAAAUGCCCGCAAGAUACGCAACACUUUCUGCCAACAAUCCCCAAUUUUUCAUUGGAUUUGAAUGAACCUAAAAUUACGGCGGCACCACUGUAUAUGCUGUGCACAAAUGAACAAUUUUAAAUGCAACGAGAAAGAGAGUAUUUUUUUUAUAAAGAAUUAAAGAUGAACUUGCGGAACACAAAGCGAUAUAAAGGUGCUAGGUUUAAGUUUAUGAUGACAUGCAUUUAGUAUUAUUUGCAUAGAUAACAAAAAUAUUUCAAACUUGGUCGAUAGUUCGUCGCCAAGAUCUUAGACUUCCUGUUAUACUCGUGGUAACUGUAAAAUGUCAAACUUUCCUAUUUUCUUUCUAGAAACAGAAAUCCUACUUUGGAUUUGGCAAGAGAAGCUGCGGUUGUGCAGAAGGCUUGGAAUGUGAGAUCAAGAAAGGUGGAAAGUUUUUCCAUCGCUAUCGAUAUGGGAAGUGUAGCACUACUGAGGGCUCGGGAGAUAUGAUCUAAAAUUGCUUCGGAUUACUUAAAUUAAAUGCAAGGAAAUAUAGCGUGUAGAUCAUUGCUGAAUUAAAAAUGUCGUGAU